AAACAAAGAGAUUCUUAUUUUUCAAAAAAAUAAUUUAAAAACCAAAUUUUUCAAACUGCUUUUUUUUAAAAAAAAAACUUUACAGUCCUUGCAUUCUUUUUUUCUUAUAUAUAUUUUUUCUUUUUUUAAAAAAAAAAACGAAACCCAUUCAAGUUACACACGCUUAUAACCACAUAUUAUUACUCUUGAAAAAAAAAAAAAUGGGUAAUAUCAUUAGUGAAAAUUCUCUAAAAUCAUUAUCAAAAUCACCGAAAUCGAAAUUAAAUUUAGGCAAUAAAAGACGAAUAAAAAGAAUACAAAGACGUUCUUCAAUAUCAACAGCAAUGACUUCAACGACAACACGUUCGUCAGAAUCAACAUAUCGUUAUAUUGACGGUAGAAGAUUUAAUGAAAACGCAAAGUAUGCAUUACCAAAUGAUGAUGCUGAAGUUGAUAGAUUACAAUUACAACAUUAUUUACAAAGAUAUGUUUGGCAAGGAAAUUUUUGCGCUCCUGUACAUAGAAGUUUGACAAAACCUGGUGCUAGAGUUUUGGAUGUUGGAUGUGGUCCUGGAACUUGGAUAUUAGAGAUGGCAUUUGAUUAUCCAGAUGCUCAUUUUACUGGUAUUGAUAUAUCUCCAAUGUACCCUAAAGAAAUUAAACCUUCUAAUGUGAAUUUUGAAGAAGCCGAUUUAACUGAUGGACUUCCUUUCGCUGAUGAUACCUUUGAUUUUGUUGUAAUGAGAAAUAUGGUGAAUGCUUUGAGUGUUGAUGAUUGGGUAUUUUCUUUAAAAGAAUUAGAAAGAGUUUGUAAACCAGGAGGAUUUGUUGAAUGUUUAGAAUUUCAAAUUCCAGCAGUUCAUCUCGGAAAAGUCUCAAAACGAGUGACAGAAGCAUAUGUUCAAAUAAUGCGUACAAAAAAUAUUGAUAUAACUAUAGCACCCCGACUGGAAGAAAUGUUUGCAACAUGUACAACUUUAACAAACAUUGAACAUCAAGUUAGAAUUGCACCUGUUGGUAAAUGGGGAGAUAAAGCUGGUAGAAUUAUGGCCGAAGAUUUACUUUUAAUAACAAAAGCAAUGGGUCCAGUUCUUACACCAUUAUGGGGUAUUGGAGCAAGGCAAUAUGAAGAAUUUACAAAUGAAUCAGCAAAAGAAUUUGAAAAUGGAAAAACUUAUUGUAAUCUUCAUGUUAUUUAUGCACAAAAAUAUGAACCAUAUAGAUAUAUUUAAUUAAGAUUUUUUUUUAGAAAAAAAGAAUGUUCCUUUCUUUCUAAAAAAAUAUAUAUAUAUGUGUAUGCAUGUAUAUAUAUAUAUUUUUUUUUUUCAAAGGAUCAUUUAAAAAUUAUUUAUAUAUGUAAAUUAUUAAUAUUUUAUAAUGAAAUAGUGACAUUAUAGACAAUUAUUAUCUCACUAUCUCGCUUUGUAAUAUUUUCAAAACAAUAUAAUUUAUUUUAUUUUAUUUUUUUAUUUUAUUUUUAGUUUAGAUUUUAUUUUUUACAUUAUUUAACAGUUAAUUUUUUC